GAGCUGUGUUUGCAUUUGCAAGGCUUAGAGACAGUGCGAGAGAGAUAUUUCAACCCCUUUCAAGGUUUUGAACUACGUGACUUUUUGGUCUUCUUCCGAUGCCACGCGGGAAGGGCUACCGUCGUUCUCAGGCUGCCAAGAGGAGAUGGGCAGGUGAACGACCAUUGGAUGUGGACUUUCUGCCACCAAGUCCUGAGUUUGUUCCACGCCGUGGUACAGGGAAACGUCGUCGUGUGAAAGAGUGGGACAGGUCGGUGUCUGGAAAGCAACACAAGCUGGUGGUUCCUGCUCAUUCUCCCGAGAAGAAGUUCGUCCUUCUCGUGGGGGAUUCACAUCUGCGUCCCUUUGCUGAUGGAACUGUCGGGCUUUCGAAGGGAAACCUUUCCUUUGGCAUCAUGUCGACCCCAGGGGCGAGCGCGUGUCAUCUGAGGGCCGAGCUGAUCCAUGCAGUGCUGCCGAGGACACCUGACGCAGUGUGCAUCUUGGCCCCCGGCAACAACCUGACGACCAGCAGUACCCACGAGGUGGCCGGAGAAGAGUUCCGGGAGCUUUUGCUCAGUGCUUGUCAGCGUUGUGCAAAUGUGUUUGUGGUGGACUUUGUUCCACGUCUGACCGUUGCACCAGAACUGCAGGAGCACAUGAGCCGGGAGUUUCAUUCUGUGGCGCAGAAAAUGGGUAUCGCAUACUACUCCACGUUUGAACAUUUCCCGUUCAGUCAGCUGGAUCUGUGGGUCCGAGAUAGUGUUCACUUGAGCGACGACGAUGGCAUGGAGAUUCUUUCCAAGGUGCUGUGGGACGCUGCCUACAAGCAACUGGAGGUGCCAGCACCAAAGGCGAAGGAGGCUCCCAGAACACCGUCCCCAGUUCCAAGGACCCCUCCAAGGUUGCUCGUGAAGGAAGAGGUCUUCGCUGCUCCCCCCUUCGUCUCCCCCCCAGACCCGUAUGUCUGGAUGGAAAUGGUGAAGGGCAAGAAGAGGAUCCAAUCUGAGGGACAGCUCUGUAGUCCAUCAAAACGGCGCGUGGUUCGGCAUCAGGUGGAUGGAUGUCCAAUUGUGCUGAAGGAGUGUUUCAUCCCACUGAAUCCUGUCCUGUUCAGCACUUCCAUGUUGGCUGCAAUGGAUGCUGUGGUUCCAGCACAACUUCCGAGCCCUGACAGCCCAGCUGUUCCACAAGACGCAACGACACCAAGCGUGGAGCCAAGAGUGAAGCGUGUCGCCUGCAAGAGGAGACUUGCAAUGUGCCAGGUCAAGGCGUCACCCAGUGUUGAGGAGGCGUCUCCCAGGCCGACAUCUGCCAAUGUUGUGGUUGGAGAGGAGGAGGUGGAUGCAACUCCAAGUGCUGUGACCGUGUCCUCAGAGCCAUCAUCUACCACUGCUGUGGAAGAGGUUGCAACGGAGGAGGGGGAUGCAACUCCAGGUGCUGUGACUGUGUCCUCAGAACCAUCAUCUACCACUGCUGUGGAAGAGGUUGUGGAGGAGGAGGUCAGCAGGUCAGGUCCUCCUAUCCAGCGCCCAUCAAGAUUCAUCAAAAGUAAGGUUGAUGCUAUCCCUCCCUCUUGCAGAGAUAUUGAUGAGAUCUGUUUCGAAGGCAAGAAGUUGGCUAGUUUUGUAGCUCAAUCAAAUAGGAGUAGUGGCUUUGACAAUGACCUAUGUGAGUUCGUUAAACAGCACAGUGUUUUUGGCAGGAAGUGCAAUGUAGCUAUUGGUUCGACAGUCUACAGAGGUUUCCACUUGGACGAGUCUGUGUUACUUGAAAAACUACAGGAACCUUUGUUGACUGAUGGAAUGUGUCUCUUGAACCUCCACGGUGCCGUGAGUGCUGUCAUUGAGCACAAUGGUUACUUUGUGGUAGUUGAUUGUGGUACUUGUGAUGCAUCUGGUUUGGCAUCUAAUAUCGGCAGGUCUGUAGCUGUUUUUAACACAACGCUGCGUGACCUGAUAGUGCAUAUCCAAGAUCUUAAGAGGUCUUUGGGUGCAGAGUGGUGUCUCAUUAGCAGGUUGUCUGUGAAGGCAGAUUCUGACAUUGACAGUGCUACAUUGCUGACAGAUGUAGCUGUUGAUGGCACAGUUGCAACUGCAGCUGUAGUCGAGGGUGGCAGUCCGCAGAGUAGUGCAAGUUCUGUCAGGGGAUCUUUCCAUCAGGCAGAUUCUCGGUUUCAACACGCUGGAGUUCAGUGUAUGGCUAUCAGUUUGGUAGCUGUAGCAAAACACUCAAUUGAAAGUGUGUUUUCGUGGCAGGCUGGCAAUCUGGACAAGGUUGUUGUUUUGGGGGAUAAUCUUUACAAUACGUUGAGGGACAGCAAUGUCACCAGUGAGGUUUCGAAACUGCUUAGUGUUCCUGAUUUGCCCAAACAGGCUGUUAUCGAUGGACAAACGUUUGACUUUGAGUAUGAGGAUUGCGUUUCUGGAUUUGUUAAUGAAGUGACAAGUGAUCUGAUUAAAGCUGGUGUAACGACCAGUCUCAGAUCUGGAUUAGAGAAGAUGUUUAGUGAAUAUGACACAUGUUUUCUGACAUUGGGUGGAAAUACAUGCGCAGUCAUCAGUCAAGGUGGUCGUUUUGCUGUGGUUGAUUCGCAUGCGCGCAGUGCAGAUGGGAUGGUGGAUGGGGAAGGGAAAAGUGUUGUUGUGCGUUUCACUUGCCUUGAUGAUGUUUUUGAGCACAUGUGCAAAUAUGCAACAGCAUUUAAACAUCCCAAACAGUUUGAGAUUGCUAGUGUUUGUGUGAUCCCCAGAUGUCCUGUUCCACCCGUUAAUUCAUUAUCCAGUCCAAAGGUACUAGUAGAAAGCAGGGGAAGUCAGUCGGUCUGUGGUUUACCUGUUCAGCCAACAGUUGGCUGCACAAGUAUUAAGCGCAAAAGAUCAAGCAGUGGGUUUUCAUCAAAGAAGGCAAAAAACAGUCAUUAUGCUGCAGUUGAUUCAGAUGUUGUUUUUGUAGCUGAUGUUGUGAGUGAAGGGCUCCAGAGAAAAUAG